AGAAAUCUUUACUCUUUUUGUUUUGAUUGAUCAAUUAAACGCUUCGAAGCAUUUCUAGCACCUUCCCGAUCACAGCCAAUAUAUCAUCUAUGGCGUUAUUUAUUUUGAUUUGAAUUUUGAAUUGCACCGAACAAUCUAUAAUUUUUGCGUUUAUGAUCGCGCGAAAAAGUAUGAAUUUCGCAGUUCCUUUACCCCAGAAAAUCAUUAUAAGUAAAGAAAACUUUAUUUUACAAAUAUCGAUUUUACUUGGAAUAAUAAAGUUAUCAAUAUGAAAUGCAUCGUACCUGGGGGAAAUGUCAAGGUAUUGGCAAAGGCGAUACAUAUGCUGGCAAAGAUUGGGGAUGAGAUGUAUGUGAAUCCACAACAGGAAUUUAUAUCCUUUCGUACAGUCAAUAUGGCAAAAUCGGCAUAUUCUGAUGUUACAUUCCACAAAAAUUUCUUCUCUUAUUAUAUACUUGGAGAUAUUGAAGAAGAAGAGGCACAAAAGUGUAAAAUUUCGAUGAGAAGUGCUAUGACUGUCUUUAAAUCUGCGCAUACAUUGGACAAACAAGUGGAAAAUUGUCACAUUCAUUUAGAGGUAGACUCCUGCAAUCUAGUAUUUAUCUUGAAAUAUAAGAACGGUGUCAACAAGUCCCAUCUGUCACCCAUCCUGGAUCCUGAGAAGUUGCAAGCAUCGUACACUAAAGCUGGUAUGACCAACGAACUGACAUCGCGGGCUCGAACGUUGGUGGAUGCUCUGCAAAAUUUUCCACAAAAUCUGAUUGAAAUAACACUUGAGAUUACGCUGCACAAGUUGUUUCUUAGGAACUAUGUAGAUGAUGCAUCAGUUAUGGUAAAUACUACGCGCACCCAAUUAGCCUUUGGUGUUGGGGAAUUUGAUCGCUACAUAAUGGGCAAUGAGACAACCAUCACAUUUUGUUUGAAAGAAGUCAGAGCAUUACUCACUUUUAGCGAAAGCAUAGGCAUCCCAAUCAAUAUAAAUUUUGAGACAGCAGGAAGACCAAUGCUGCUUACAUUGAAGAAUCAGGGAUUUGAGGCAAAUUUGCUGUUGUCAACUCUGAGUCCGGAUAGUGAUAGUCAAUCGGAUUCGUCAACCGUCAACAGACAAGUGCAACCUGUUCGAAAAAAAAGUGUUUCUUCGAGAAGCAUAUCCAAACGCAUCAAUAAAUCUUCAAAUCAAAUUAAGAAGUCCAUUCUUCCUGCCGACCUUACGGUCAAUAAUACAUUUAAGAAUAAACCAAAGAAAAUGACGAAUCAAAUGGACAAGACGCUCACCCAGACUUCUGUAAACAUUGUUUCGGAAGCGAAUAAUUCUAUAAAUAGUGCCCAAGAGAGAAAUUUGAAACAGAAUCGUUCGCUGCUUAAUCCUGUCGAUGCAACGUCUUCGGUGAUUAGCAAAAAGAUUCCGGAUGACCAGCGGAAACUGGUGAAUUCGGUGUUUUCUAACAUCGCGAAACGAAAGUCGGCAAGCGACGAAGAGGAUUGCAAAUUGCAAGAGCAGACUGCAGGAAAGUGUAUAGACUUGGAAGAGAGUGUACCGCAUUCACCGCCGCCGUUACGUCAGGCAGCCAAGAGAGCCAAGUUGGUGUUCCAGAAAUGUUUUCAGAACACUUUUGAUCCUCGGAUGUUACCUGGUCACGAUAUUAUCUUGGUAGAAGACUCUGACGAGAAUAAUAGCGAUUGAAGUAUAUCUCCACAUAUAUUAUAUAUGUAUGCAAACUGGAAUUCAAUUCAAAAAAUCAAUUUGCUCAAUAUUACAACUGAGUAAUUUCAUAACAUUAGACUUUCUAGGCAAUUAACUACAAUAUAAUGUUUUGUUUAAAAAAAAAUUAUUUAUUUAAUUGAUUUUCAUGAGUGAUUAAUAAUAUUUUUUUUUUCAUUUGGAAAAUAACAGGAUAAUUUGUUUUUAUCUUUCUUUCAUGAAUACAUAUUAAUUUAUAGUAUAUUGCUAAAUGUAUGAUACAUGAAUAUUUUUUUAAAUUUUAUUUAUAGAUAUUUUUACACACACACACACACACAUGUAUAGGCAUAUAAGUUUUAUAAUUGUCUUUAUGCAUAUAUUCGAGACACCCCGUAUGUUAUUAUACAAUACAUCAACAAUAACGUGUACUUAUCCUUUUCACGAUUUCGCGCAGUUCCUAUGUAUGUGAUUCUAACCUCGUAUUAUAAAGUGCAUUUUGGAUGCGUUUUCUCGUUGAGAGCUCGUUCUCGCAGAUGCUACUAUAACAAAAUAUAAGGAAAA